AUGUCGACCUCCAAGUCCAGAUGGGCCGAUGAAGAUCCCGAGGCGGAAGCGCUCAUUGCCCAGCGCAAACGAGAAAAGGAGGAGAAACGCCGAGCUAAAGCUGAGAAACAACGGCUCGAAGAGCAAGCAAGGGCUCAAGCUCAAGCUCAAGCAGCAGCGCAACACCAAUCCGGUGAUUCCACACUCGACGGCGACUCUAAUGAUGCACCCCCGAAGAAACGUCGCCGGCUCUCGAAUGAACAUCAGCAGCCCGGAUCCGAUGUCGAGCAGCAACCGAAACAAGGGAAGCCGACGACACUGCUCCAGUUUCCCGCGUCGGAAUGGGGACCCUGCCGUCAUGUGGACAACUUCGAGCGCCUGAACCAUAUCGAAGAGGGCUCUUAUGGUUGGGUUAGCCGCGCCAAAGAGCUUGGGACGGGCGAAAUCGUUGCUUUGAAGAAACUCAAGCUGGACAACUCCCCCGAUGGGUUUCCCGUAACUGGUCUCCGGGAGAUCCAGACGCUUCUUGAAGCGCGUCACCAGAACGUCGUUUACCUGCGCGAAGUUGUCAUGGGAAAUCGAAUGGACGAAGUCUAUCUCGUCAUGGAUUUCCUCGAACACGAUCUCAAGACGCUCCUCGACGACAUGCGCGAGCCCUUUCUCCCCUCCGAAAUCAAAACCCUCCUUCUCCAAUUCAUAUCCGGCCUCGACUUCCUCCACUCCCAGUGGAUCAUGCAUCGCGAUCUCAAGACGUCAAACCUUCUCAUGAAUAACCGUGGCGAGCUCAAGAUCGCCGACUUCGGAAUGGCGCGCUACUACGGCGACCCGCCGCCAAAGCUGACGCAGCUCGUCGUGACGCUUUGGUACCGCUCCCCGGAGCUCCUGUUAGGUGCCGAGACCUACGGCCCGGAAAUCGAUAUAUGGAGCGUUGGUUGUAUAUUGGGGGAGCUUCUCACGAAGGAGCCGCUUCUGCAGGGGAAGAAUGAGGUGGAUCAGGUAUCAAAGAUAUUCGCCCUAACCGGCCCUCCAACACAACAGACCUGGCCUGGCUUCCGCUCCCUCCCAAACGCAAAGUCUCUCCGUCUCCCACCCACGCAAUCAUCAUCGACACUCCUCCCCCGGUCAAAGUUUCCAUUCCUCACGAAUGCUGGCCUGCAACUUCUCUCCUCGCUGCUCGCGCUCAACCCGACCUCGCGGCCUACCGCCGCGGAAUGUCUCACACAUCCGUACUUCAGGGAAGAUCCCCGACCUAAGCCUAAGGAGAUGUUCCCGACGUUCCCGUCCAAGGCUGGUAUGGAAAAGAGAAGGCGUCGAGAAACGCCCGAGGCGCCGAAACGGGGACAGGAGGCGCCCAAGCUGGACUUUGCCAGUGUGUUUGGUGGUCAGGCUGGUGCUGAUUCCGGGGAAACUGGGGCCGGGUUUACGUUGCGCCUAGGCUAG